CGUGCCGAGGCCGUUGCACCCGCACCCGUACCAACUCCGUGGCCGCGUAACGGAUCCGUCGUCAUUUCGCCGCUCGUUUCAAACCCUCAUUAGCCGCUCGCUCUUCAGGUCUGCGUCCAUCUACAUGCGCCUGCUUCCGAAUCGUUGCAAGCUCCGUCGAUCAGUUGGCACUUCAGACAUGCCGGGCGUCAAGUCGGAGUCUCCGGCGAGCGGCUUGCCGGCGCUCCCGCGCAUCCGCACCACUCGCCCUGCUGCGGCCUAUUCCAAGGCAGCAAGAGCCAAGGCGCGGGCAAGCACAAAGGCGGAAGCAGAGGAGAAGCGGCACAAUGGUGGUAGGGGGGCGUGUGGGAGCUCACCGGAGCUGGAGAAGAGGAGGUGCUCCUGGAUCACGGCCAACUCUGAACCCCUCUACGUUGCAUUCCAUGAUGAAGAAUGGGGAGCACCGGUGCACGAUGACCGUAAGUUGUUUGAGCUGCUCACCUUAUCACAAGCCUUAGCUGAGCUCUCCUGGCCUGUAAUUUUGAGCAAGAGGGAUGAGUUCAGGGAGAUGAUUGAUGGUUUCUACAAUGCAUCCGUGUGUGGCUGCACGGACAAGAAGAUAAACCAGCUGUCCAAAUCAAACGGAAGCACGUUGUUGUCACAGCAAAAGAUGCGAGCUGUGGCUGCAAACGCCAAGCAAAUUCAAAAGGUAGUUCGUGAAUUCGGAUCGUUCGACAACUACUGCUGGAGCUUCGUGAACCACAGGCCCAUCACAAACGGCUUCCGCUACGCUCGCCAAGUGCCCACCAAGACGCCCAAAUCUGAGGCUAUGAGCAAGGACCUGAUGCGGCGAGGGUUCCAGUGCGUCGGCCCCACGACGGUCUACUCCUUCAUGCAGGUCGCCGGCAUCGUGAACGACCACCUACGGUGCUGCUUCAGGUUUGAUCAGGCUGGCAGCCAGCCCAAGGCCGCCGAGGAGAACAUGAGAGCCGAUAUAAGAUUGGGGUCUCCCGCUUCAGAGGAUUCAGAGAUCAGCGAGGUGUAGUUAGGUCUCUGAACUUGCUCAUCUUGUGUUUACCUUCCGUCAGACAUGGCAGUUGGUUUGGCAGUGCAUUUUGUGGUGUGACUGGUGUCAGGUCACUUGUAGUGUGAGUACAUUAUAGAUUGUACAAAAUGGUGAGACAUGGUGCAUGGUCAAGGUGUGGUUUGCUUUCUUAAUUGCAUGUAAAGCAUCUGUAUUGUGGAGUGUAAAAUCGGUUGGCCAUCAUGCAUGUA